AUGAGCAAUAGCAAUAGCAAUAGCAAUAGCAAUAGCAAUAGCAAUAGUUUGUUCAAUAUUGAAAAUACUACUUGCAGUGCAACCAACAUGGAAUGGUCAAGAAUUAAUAAAUUACCAUCGAUAGAAUCAGGUGUAUCGUUACAAACUGUUGAUAGAAGUCUAUCUUCAUUAAGUACAAAUACUUGUACUAGUGAUGAUAGCACUACUAGUACUGAUGACAUUACUUAUUUACAAACUGUUGAUCCUUUACCCGUGGAACCUCCAUCAUAUGAUGCAAUUAAUCCUUCAAGAAGAAUUACUUUCCCAGUUUAUGAAACACGUUCACAAAAUAAUCAAUUACCUGAUUAUUCACCUGCUGUCGAAUCUUUAACUUUAGGUGCAAUUAGAUUAGAAUAUAUUGAUCCAGAGACUCAUUCAAGUCUUUUGAGAUCAAAAGUUUGGUCAAAUUUUAUCAUUGAAAUUAAUUCAACACAAUUAAAUCUUUACGCAAUUGAACCAAUUUUAAUUUCAAAUAUUAAAAAUUAUAGAGAUUCUGUUAAUCCUUUAACAAGUAAAAAAUUAUCAACUCAACAACCACAAACACAUAAAUUUACUUAUUCUGAAAGACAAAAAAUUUUAAAUACAAUUCGUUUAAAACCUGAAAUGUUUUUAAAUAAUUCAACUUUAAGAAGAACUUAUACGUUACAAUACGCAGAAUUUGGUUUACCAUCUGAUUUUAUUAGAAGAAAUAAAUUGGCACAAGAUCAAGUUAAUGUAUUAAGAAUUAGAUGUGAAAAUCAACAAUUUUUAAUUAGAUUAUCUGAUAUUGAUGAAUUAAUUGAUUGGUCAACUAAAUUAAGUGAAGGUAUAGCCGUUUCAUUAGAUUUACAAAUUAGAAAGAUACCAGAUUAUAAAGUAUUUCCAAGAAGACGUAACAGACAUAGACACAGACAUAAUCAUAACGACAAUGAUACAGUAAAUUCAAGUGUUGUGUCAUCACGUUCAGCUUCUCCAUCACUUUCUUCUUCUUCUUCUUCUUCAUUUUCUCCAAUGGAUCCAUUAUCAACAGAUUCAGUCUCACAAAGCAUAUUUUUAUCAAGAUCUUCUACAAAUGUAUCGUCUACAUCAUCGUCGUCAUCAUCUAUAUUUAGAGUUGCAUCAUCUACUGCAUCAUCAAUCUCAGUUAAUAAUAGAGAAUCUGAUUCAAAGAAUCCUAUUAUUAGAAGAGUUUUCGGGAUGUUUAAUAAGAAGAAAACUACAUCGCGUGGCACUACUACUACUAAUAAAUUGAACUCGGCCUCGGCUUCGGCUUCGGCUUCAUCUGCGCUCAGAUCAAGAAGUACAUCUGUAUCAAAUGUAUCACAAAGAACAGUGGCUGGUUCACGUUCAAAUAGAUCGGUAUCUGUAACUAAUUCAAUUUUAGAGACAGAAAGAUCAAUUCAAUUUUCAAAUGAUAGAAACCCUGUAAUACAUGAAAGAGUUGAAGAAGAAGAUAUAGAUUUUUAUUCUGAUGAUGAUGAUGAUGAUGAUGAUGUUGAUGACGAAGAAGAAGAUGUUAAUGAUCUAGAUAUUAAAUGGUGUCCUGUACCAAAAAUAACAAAUCGUGAAAAACAUAUUAGCACUAGUCUACGUUGCCUACAUGUAUUCAACGAGACUCAUAGUUGGUUUGGGAAAAUUAUCUUGAAAGAAAGCCAUAAUCCAUCAAAAUAUGAUUCAAUUAAUCUACCAAUUUAUUUUAUCAAUACUGCAACAAUGGCUAAAGAAGGUACUCAUCAUAUGCGUAUCAAGAAUCAUUGUUUACAUCCUUAUGUGUUAUCUCCAAAUGGACUCAUUAAGCAUGGAUCAAAAGUAUUUGAUCUAUGGUACGAAAUGUAUAAGUAG